CGCCCCCCCAGCCCUGGAGCCCAGCCCUGGGCGGGUUUUGGGGGACACGGGCCCCCCCUCGCCACCGCCGCCCCCCCGCGUGCACAAGCCUUGCUUCGUGUGCAGCGACCGCAGCUCCGGCUACCACUACGGAGUGAGCUCCUGCGAGGGCUGCAAGGGGUUUUUCCGGAGGAGCAUCCAGAAGAACAUGGUGUACACGUGUCACCGGGAGCGCAACUGCCAGAUCGACAAGGUCACCCGCAACCGCUGCCAGUUCUGCCGCCUCCAGAAGUGCUUCCAGGUCGGAAUGUCCAAGGAAGCCGUGCGGAACGACCGGAACAAGAGGAAGAAGGAGGUGAAGGAGGAUCUGGGGGGGGACGAGCUGAGCCCCGAGCUGGCCGAGCUGGUGCGGAGGGUCAGCAGAGCCCACCAGGAGACCUUCCCCUCUCUGGGCCAGCUGGGCAAGUACACCACGAACUCGAGCGCUGACCACCGGGUGCAGCUGGACCUGGGGCUGUGGGACAAGUUCAGCGAAUUGGCCACCAAGUGCAUCAUCAAGAUCGUGGAGUUUGCCAAGCGGCUCCCGGGCUUCACGGGGCUCAGCAUGGCUGACCAGAUCACUCUGCUCAAGGCUGCCUGCCUCGACAUCCUGAUGCUGCGGAUCUGCACCCGCUACACGCCGGAGCAGGACACGAUGACGUUCUCGGACGGGCUGACGCUGACCCGGACCCAGAUGCACAACGCGGGAUUCGGGCCCCUCACCGACCUCGUGUUUGCCUUUGCGGGGCAGCUGCUGCCGCUGCAGCUCGAUGACACCGAGACCGGGCUGCUCAGUGCCAUCUGCCUCAUCUGCGGGGACCGGAUGGAGCUGGAGCAGCCCCGGCGCGUGGAGCGGCUGCAGGAGCCGCUGCUCGAGGCUCUCCGGGUCUAUGCCCGGCGCCGGCGCCCGUGGCAGCCGCAGCGUUUCCCCCGGAUGCUGCUCAAAAUCACUGACCUGCGUGGCAUCAGCACCAAGGGGGCGGAACGAGCCAUCACCCUGCGCACGGAGAUCCCGGGGCCGAUGCCCCCCCUGAUCCGGGAAAUGCUGGAGAACCCCGAAAUCUUCACCGAAGUGGGGCAGGAUGGCCCCCCCCCACCCCCAGACCCUCCUGCCGCCCAGGACAGUCCCCCUGGCCCCCCCACAUCCCCAUAGCCCCCCCCAGCUCGGGGGGGAUCUUCAAAACCCGUCCCCAGUGGGGUGGGACAUGCAGAGCUGCCUUCCAGGGAAGCUGCUUUCCUUCUCCCUUUUGCUCUGGGGAGGGGGGGCUCCCCAGAGUGCCCCCCCCUCCAAAUU